AUGCAGUUUAAUUACUUCGUGAGGCUUGUGUUAACCAUCUGUUUUUAACUCGAUUCGUGUUUCCUUACAUCACUGAAGUGAACGCCAGGAAAGACUGUCGUGAAACGGUUUUCAAUAAAUAACACGUACAGAAUAUUGUUUGAAGAAAAUUUUGUAUAUUUCACGUUGAUUUUCUACCAUUUCUCAUAUGGCGUCAUCGUUUUCUAUCGAAAGCAUUCUUGCAACUCCAGUCCAUCGACCGAUUUUGCCUUCUUCUGUUGUACGAAGCUAUCCUCAUCCGUAUUUUGUCCCUGCUGGCAGUUUUUCAGUGACCAUUCCAGGCAUGAAUCUUCCAUCAUAUCAUCUAACGACGAACAAACGUCGAAAAAGAUAUCGCACAAUUUUUAGCGAGACUCAAAUUGAGCUUCUCGAGGAGUUGUAUCGUACGACUCAGUACCCUGACCUCUAUCAGAGAGAAAAUGUUGCAAUGCUUGCUGGUCUGCAGGAGGAGAGGGUUGAGGUUUGGUUCAAGAACAGGCGUGCGAGAUGUCGAAAAGUUAAACGAGCAAAAAAUUCAGUUUCCGAAAUGAACGCCGCCGACAAUAGAAAAGACGAAAAUGUAAAUAAAACAAACGAAGUGGUGAUGGACUGUUCGACAAAAGAUCAAAACACCCAUAAAGGCUUACACUAAUUUAUACUGCUGUAUACAUAUGCAUUUUUUGUGCGUUGCUGAAGAGUUUUAUACUUUAGCAACAUGAUGUACAGCCACUCACGUAUAUUGAACGCAGCAGUUGGCGUGCACUUGUAGGAAAAUUAGCAUAUCCUCCGUCACCGCUUCUAAUUAAAGCAAUAUACUGUGGAUCAUUGUUGAUAAUGUUCUUAUCGUUCUUAAGAAUGAGCAUGCGUGUGCCAUAUGUUGUAAAAAAACUUUUGAAAAAUAUUUUUCUUGUAAAUUCAACUCAAAUGAUUAAAACAAAUGACUUUAUAGUUAAU